AUGGAAAAAGCAAACCAGUCUGUGGUGUCUGAGUUUAUUUUUCAGGGACUUUGUAAUUCAAGAGAGCUCCAGACGUUCUUCUUACUGCCGUUUUCUAUACUCUACUCUAUGACUGUUGUGGGCAACCUCCUCGUUGUGAUCUUAAUCAUCACUGACCGCCAUCUCCAUUCCCCCAUGUACUUCCUCUGCAAUCUCUCAUUUAUUGACUUCUGCCUUUCUUCAGUAACCACCCCUAAACUGACCACAGACUUCCUAAAGGAUAAUAAGACCAUUUCUUUUGGGGGCUGCAUGAGCCAGAUCCUCUGUGUGCAUUUCUUUGGAGGGGGUGAGAUGGUGCUUCUCGUGACAAUGGCCUAUGACCGUUACGUGGCCAUCUGUAAGCCACUCCAUUACUCCAGCAUCAUGAACACACAAAAGUGCAUCUGGCUAGUUUUGAUAUCUUGGAUCACUGGCUUUGCGCAUGCCAUGAGUCAGCUGGCUAUGAUUUUGGAGCUGCCCUUCUGUGGACCCAGGGUAGUAGACAGCUUUUUCUGUGAUAUACCUUUGGUGAUCAAACUAGCCUGCAUGGAUACUCAGACUUUGGGAGCAGUCAUAAAUGCUGACAGUGGGGUUUUGGCAACCACUUGCUUCAUUAUCUUGCUGAUCUCCUAUACUUACACGCUAUUAACUGUCUGCCUUCACUCUAAAGAUGGGGCAUCAAAGGCACUCUCUUCCUGUACAUCCCACAUCACAGUGGUGGUGCUGUUCUUUGGACCCUGCAUCUUCAUCUAUCUAUGGCCACUCAGCGUCGCUUGGGUGGACAAGUUUCUUGCUGUGUUUUACACAGUAAUCACACCUCUCCUGAAUCCCACCAUUUACACACUGAGAAAUAAAGAGAUUAAGAAUGCCAUGAAGAGACUGAUAAAAUAG